AUGGCUGACGCAAGAAAUAAAAGAAAGGCUACUAAAGCUGCUCUUACACGGUUUGAAAACUAUUUUCAAGCUAUUAAGUCAAACAGAAAUCUUUCUCAAACUGAUUUGGUGGAACUCAAAAUGCGUGCGCAAAAGGCUUAUCAAUUGUUGGAAGAUUUUAACGCUGCUCAGUUAAAGAUUGCCGCUACGGAGACUGAUAUUGAUUUUGAUGAACAUGACAGUGAGUCUAAACAAUUUGAAAAUAAAUUCUACCGCAUAACAUCUGAAGCGAGCAAAUUUUUAAUUGACCAGAUGCAGCCGCAGGUUUUAACUCCAAACGUGGAAACUAAUUUAGCAUCUAAUUCUAAUGAUGAUUUAGCCAACAUUAGACUGCCUCCAAUAAACCUUCCAACGUUUGACAGUUCAUAUGACCAAUGGUUGUUUUUUAGAGACACUUUCAAUUCUUUAAUACAUAGCAAUUUCAAACUGACACCAGCCAAAAAAUUUCAUUACUUGCGCCUCUCUCUAAAGGGUGUGGCAGCUGAAACUAUCUCAUCACUUGAAAUCUCUGACGCCAAUUAUGAUGUAGCCUGGAACAUCUUAAAUGAGAGAUUCGAAAACAAACAGAUUUUAGUCAGCAACCAUGUAACGGCUAUUUUUAAUUUGCCAUCUUUAUCACGUGAAUCUGGACGUGGCCGUAGAGUCAUACUUGACGGCUUACAGAAGCACAUGGGCGCCUUGACGGUUUUAAAGAUGCCAACAGAACAUUGGGAUGCCUUAGUCUGUCAUAUUGUGACAGGUAAAUUUGACAAUGUGACUAGAAGAGCUUGGGAUUCCAAAACCUUUAUUGAAGAACUCCCUACUUACAAGGAACUUAUAGAUUUUUUAAAAGACAGAUGCCGAAUUUUAGAGUCUUUCGAAAACAGCUCUUUAAGAAACGCUUCAAACAAAAUCGAAAGGCCUCGCCAAUCACACCCCAACUUUCACAAAAAUACUUCUCAAUCCUUUGUCGCCACUAACAGUAAUAAAAAAUGCACGUUUUGUCAAAAAGAACAUCUCAUCUACACAUGUCCUCAGUUUUUACAAAUUUCUGCUAUUGAAAAAUUAAAUAAUGCUAAACAAAUGAAGUUAUGUAUUAACUGCUUUUCUAUAGGCCACGCAACUAAAAACUGUAGGUCGUCUGGAUGUAGAAAAUGUGGAAAAUUCCACCAUACCCUUCUACAUUUCAACGGAACCGAUUCUGGGACUGUACAAACCAAUAAUAAUAGCACAUCUACCUCUUCUUAUUCCAACAGCACUGAGACUGACUUGAAAGACGUAGCCACAACCUCUUUGUCUACACAUGUGAUGCACACUCCUCUUAUAUACUCACCUUGUAGUUUAGUGGUAAAUGAAAAACUUAAUUUAAACACUGUAUUAUUAUCCACUGCUAUCAUCAAAGUUUUUGACACUACAGAUAAGUCACACUUGUGUAGAGUACUCCUAGACAGUGGAAGCCAAUCCAAUUUCAUUUCAGAAAGACUUUGCAACUUGUUACAACUUCCUAUUGAAAAUAUUAAACAUUCUAUCACUGGUAUCAGUCAGAAAAUUGAAACCAUAAAUUCUAGAGUUUUUGCUAAAGUCCAAUCCAAUUUUUCUAACUUUGAGGCGAACAUAUCGUGUCUUGUACUUAAAUCUAUAACUGGAAAUAUUCCAGCUAUAUCCUUUGACUCCAGUUUAUUGCAUAUUCCCAAAAAUAUUGCAUUGGCUGACCCCGAUUUCAGCUCUGCAAAACCUAUUAACUUACUGCUCGGAGCAGACAUUUUCUGGGAACUGAUCCAUAUUGGUCAAAUAAAAUUGGGUCGAGGACUUCCAAUUUUGCAAAAGACACAUUUUGGAUGGAUUAUUUCUGGUGCUUUACAAACUAAUCUUAGUUCAAGCCUUUGCUCAAAGACACAGUGCUUUUUUACAACUUCAAUUGACAAUCAGCUAACUAAAUUUUGGGAGGUAGAGGAAUUUCCUAAAACUAAAUACUUAUCACCAGAGGAAACCUUUUGCGAGGAACAUUUCUCUCAGCACACUUCUAGAGCCCCUGAUGGUAAAUUUGUAGUACAUCUUCCACUUAAGGACUCCAUUGAUCGUCUUGGGGACUCGAAGUUGACAGCUACAAGUCGUUUUUUAAAUCUUGAAGGGAAACUGAAUAAAAGCCCUGAUUUAAAACGUACUUAUCAAGAUUUUAUAACAGAAUAUGAAAAACUCGGUCACAUGACCCUAUCUAAGAUUCAAAUUGAUGAUUCUGGAUAUUUUUUACCGCACCACUGUGUGCUUAAAUUAAGCUCCACUACAACUAAACUACGGGUCGUUUUCGAUGCUUCCUGUAAAUCUGACUCAGGUUUUUCUUUAAACGAUUUACUUAUGGUCGGACCUAAUGUCCAAAACAGUCUUUUUUCAAUUCUCUUACGGUAUCGUAUACAUCCAGUAGUUCUCAGUGGUGACAUUGAAAAAAUGUAUCGACAGGUCUAUGUAGCCCCUGAAUAUCGUAAACUUCAGAGAAUUCUUUGGCGUGCUAAUAUUAAUGAGCCGAUUUUAACUUACGAUUUGUCCACCGUUACAUACGGUACAGCCUCUGCUGCAUUUCUGGCUACUAGAUCGUUGCAGGAAGUAGGUAAAAUACAUGCUAAAGACUGUCCAAAGAUUUCUAACAUAAUACAGCGUGAUUUUUACGUUGAUGACCUUUUAACCGGCGCACAAACAGUCGAUGAACUUAGACAAAUUAAAGAAGACAUCCAUGAUCUUCUUAUGAAGUAUGGAUUUCCACUUAGAAAAUGGGCUUCAAAUGAGCCAACCUUAACUUCUGAUUCCUCAAUACAUUCGAUUUCUUUUGAUACAGAUAUUCCUUCUAAAAUCUUGGGCCUUUUAUGGAAUCACAUUUCUGACACGCUAGAAUAUAAAAUAGGUCCUAUUGAAUCUAGCACUCGCGUAACAAAACGUACAAUUUUAUCAUCAAUUUCCCAGAUUUUUGACCCUCUUGGUCUACUUUCUCCUGUCACAAUCUCUGCAAAAAUCAUCUUGCAACAGCUGUGGAAGCCUAAAAUAUCAUGGGAUGAAUCGAUUCCAAUGGAUCUUUUCACAAUCUGGUCAUCUUACAGGACACAACUUGUGGAAUUGAAUAAUCUUAAAAUACCAAGACUAACUCUUUGCGGUAAUCCUAUUGAGCUGCAAUUACAUGGCUUCUCUGAUGCUGCGGAGCCAGGUUAUGGUGCCUGCGUGUACCUUUGUUCAAAGGAUUCGUUAGGCAAUUUUUCGUCUAAACUACUCUGUACAAAAACUAGAGUCUCUCCACUUAAAGAAUUGACUAUUCCUAGGCUCGAGCUUUGUGCAGCAUUACUCUUAGCAGAACUAGCUAAAACUGUGUUAGCUUCAAUACCCUCUACUUUGGACUCUAAGCACUACUGGUGUGACUCUACAAUAGUACUUGCCUGGAUUAGAUCAUCUCCUCAUCGUCUAAAGACAUUUAUUGCUAAUCGAAUAGCUCAAAUUCAAUCCAUAACUAAUAUUGAUGAAUGGAGAUAUAUUAGAACCGCAGACAAUCCAGCUGAUCUACUUACUAGAGGAAUUCCACCUUUAAGCUUGUUAAAUUCGACUUUAUGGUUUCAUGGACCUCCUUGGCUGACUGAAGAUGAGUGGCCAACCGACAUAGUAGAUUUAUCAAACAUUGAUACUCCUGAAUUACGAAAUGUCACUUCUUUUCAUAUGUCCAUCGAAAAACAUACCAAUAAUGACUUACUUACUUUAAUUGACAAAUUUUCUAAUCUAACUAAACUGGUUCAGAGCUUUCAACUCUGGAAAUUUGAAAAUUCUUUGAAUACACUUGUCAGCUUGGUACAAGCUUCGACAUUUUCUGAAGAAUUUAAAGCACUGAAGAAUAAUAAUAAGGUCUCUAAUAAAUCCAAACUCCUUACCUUGAAUCCCUUCUUUGACCACACUCCUAAUCUUAUUCGAGUUGGGGGUCGUUUGCAACAAUCUAAUUAUGAAUAUCAAAAGAAACACCCUAUAGUUUUACCCCCUAAACAUAGACUUUCACUUUUGAUCGCACAUUCUGAACAUAUUAAGCUACUUCAUGCUGGUCCACAACUUACAUUGGCAUCACUUCGUGAAAGCUUCUGGCCAAUCAAUGGCAGGAACUUAAUUAAAAAGGUUUACCAUGACUGCUUAACUUGUUUUCGCUUUGUUGCAAAAUCGACAAAGUACCUUAUGGGUAAUUUACCCAAGACACGAAUUACACCCUCUAGACCCUUUUCUGUGUCCGGUGUUGACUACGCAGGGCCCUUCUCCCUUAGGGAUCGCAAAGGACGUAAUUUUAGAACUAACAAGGCAUACAUAGCAUUGUUUGUGUGUUUUGCUACCAAGGCUAUUCACCUAGAGCUAGUAAGUGAUCUUACUAGCGAAUGUUUCUUAGCCGCUUUGUACAGAUUCAUGUCACGAAGAGGCAAGUGCAUACAAAUUUAUUCUGAUCAAGGGACAACAUUCGUGGGUGCAUUAAAUGAAUUAAAUUCGUUUCUCAAAGAACACUCUUCUACUAUUUCGGAUAAAUUAGCAAAUCAAGGUAUACAAUGGAAUUUUAUACCGCCUCGCGCUCCACACUUUGGUGGGCUUUGGGAGUCCAGCGUUAAAUCGGUAAAGUAUCAUCUUAAGCGUGUAGUUGAAGCCUGUUUAAACUCCAGACCCUUAUGUCCUCUUUCUGAUAAUCCGAAUGAUCCAAAUCCUCUUACUCCUGCGCACUUUCUUAUUGGUGAACCAUUGAGGACGUGCCCACAAGUUGAUCUACUGGGAGUAGCAGAGAACAGACUAUCAAAAUACCAACAUAGGCAACAAAUGGUGCAACAUUUUUGGUCUCGUUGGGUCAACGAAUGCAUUGCAGAACUCCAGAUACGUACGAAAUGGAAGCAGAAUUACCCGCAGCUCCUGAAACUAGGCGUUCUUGUGCUCAUCAUGGAGGAUGGAUUACCACCAUUAAAAUGGCGAACUGGCCGAGUGGUACAAAUAUUUCCUGGAGGAGAUGGUAUUGUCCGAACAGUAUUAGUAAGGACUGCUGCUGGCGAGUAUAAGCGUCCAGUUAUGAAGAUUGCUGUCCUGCCUAUUUAUGAUUUUUAA